CAGCUCUGUCAACGGUGACGUAGGGCUGACGUACUAGGAAGUGUGUCGAAGACAAUAACACUGCAGGUGGCUAACCACUAUUCAAGCGUUGAGCUACAUGCUAACAGAAAACAAUGUAAUGAGGACAUAUCAGCAAAAUCCAAAACUCGUCCUCUGACAGACGCUGCGGUGUGGCCAUUCACCACCAUAAAGGUGAAGAACAAGUGUCUUAUCAUUCACUGGGACACUCGGGGGAGACGGUGACAUCUCCAGGCCCCUCCAAUGUCCUCUGGCUGUCCGCCCCAGUCACCCGCCGUGGCGAAGUCUGAGGUAGCAGUGGAGGGAGAAUGCCCGCUGCUGGCUGCCACCUUCGCCUACUGGGACAACAUCCUGGGGCCGCGGGUGCGCCACAUCUGGACGCCAAGGGGAGACCAGCUGAUGUUCCUCAGCGACGGAGAGGUCACGUUUUUGGCCAACCACACGCUCAACGGGGAGAUCCUGCGCAGCGCAGAGUGCGGCGCCGUGGACGUGAAGUUCUUUGUCCUGGCGGAGAAGGGCGUCAUCAUCGUGUCGCUCAUCUUCGACGGCGAGCUGAAGGGGGACAAGAACACGUGCGCCUUGUCCAUCGUCCUCCCGCAGACGGAGCUGGCCUUCUACCUGCCUCUGCACACCAUCUGCGUGGAGAGGCUGAAGCACGUCAUCCGCAAGGGACGCAUUUGGAUGCAGAAGGGCUACAACAUCAUCUCGGUGCUGAGCUUGGAGAUCGUCCCCAUCAUGGAGCUGUUGGCCUCCAUGAAGUCGCACAGUGUGCCGGAAGACAUAAACAUAAAAGACACCGUGCUAAAUGAUGAUGACAUCGGGGACAGCUGCCACGAGGAUUUCCUCCACAAGGCCAUCAGCUCUCAUCUGCAGACUUGCGGCUGUUCGAUUGUGGUCGGGAGCAACCCAGAGAAAGUAAACAAGAUUGUGCGGACUCUGUGCCUCUUCCUCACCCCGGCUGAGAGGAAGUGCUCCCGCCUCUGCAAGGCUGACUCUUCUUUCAAAUAUGACACGGGCCUGUUUGUUCAGGGUCUGCUCAAGGACUCCACGGGCAGCUUCGUCCUGCCCUUCCGCCAGGUGCUCUACUCCCCGUACCCGACCACGCACAUCGACGUGGACAUCAACACGGUGAAGCAGAUGCCACCGUGCCACGAGCACACGUACAACCAGCGGCGCUACAUGCGCUCCGAGCUGAGCGCCCUCUGGAAGACGGACAGCGAGGAGGACAUCCCCCCCGACACGGUCAUUCACACCGACGAGAGCUUCACGCCCGACCUGAAUAUAUUUCAAGACGUCAUGCAUAAAGACACUUUGGUGAAGUCGUUUAUAGACGAGGUGUUCAUGCUGAAGCCCGGCCUGUCCCUGCGGAGCACCUACCUGGCCCAAUUCCUGCUGCUGCUCCACAGGAAGGCCCUCACGCUGCUCAAGUACAUCGAGGACGACACGCAAAAAGGGAAGAAGCCCUUCCGAUCCCUGCGCAACCUAAAGACGGACCUGGAUCUGACGGUGGAGGGGGACCUGAACAUCGUCAUGGCCUUCGCAGAGAAGCUGAGGGCGGGGCUGCACUCGUUCGUGUUCGGGAAGCCGUUCUACACCAGCAUGCAGGAGCGAGACAUGCUCAUGAGCUUCUGACGCCUGCUCUUUUUACACGCUGCACGGCUACUGGAAACAGAUGUCGUAUUGUCUUUGGUUUGUUCUGUUGUUACAUCAAUGCAUGGCAACCAUUAGCCUGAAUGUUUGUUUCUGCUUUGUUGAAAUGAAAAGAACACAAACACGUUUUUUGCCUUUUUUUUUCUUUGUCUUGAUAAAUUCAAGGCAUGAUUUCAAAGACUGAUUGUUACAGCUAUUAUGAGCCAUCAGAAUUAAAAUUCUGAUACAUUGCCUUGAUCAACUGCAAGCAUAAUGUGAGUUUAAUGUUUUAAGAUAGCCAGAAUAAUUAUUCAUGUGUGCUAUGCCUUCUGUAUUCAUUUAUGGCGUUGAAAUCGGUGCCCACCAGGACAUUUGCAAUUUAUUUUAGAAAUCAUAUUUAUUAAAACACGAGUUAUCGGUGUCUUUGUUGCCUGUGUUAUACAAUAACCUCAAAACCUUUGAACUUGUGAAUGGCCUGUUUUUUUGUUUUUGUUAUUAUUUCUUUAAGAAGUUAAUGAAUGAGCCUGUGCACUGAUUGUGAAUAAUGCUGAUCAAGUGACAUUACAAAAAGAUUGUAAGUAAUCACAAAGAUUUCAUUGAAGUAAAAGAGAACGGCCAUCGAAGUCUCAUCACAAUCCUUCCUAACAAAGCACAUCUGACUGUGUAGCUGACAGUGAGUGUCAUUAUUAAAUGCGUUCGGCCAGCUGUGCAUAAGA